GUUUGACAUAUUUCAUGAAGCAAACCUAGCUUCCUGAAAUUAUAGUCGUGUUGAUUUUUAAAGAUACACUAUAGCUCAUUUUUACUGACAGCAGGUGUACCGAAUGCUAUAAGUUUAUGCUUGGCUGGGCUCACGCCUGGUGAAUAGAUGGACCUCUACAGGUAUUUCAUUUUUAACCAAAAGCGUGUACUCGUUCUCGGUGUUCUCCAAGUGGUGUGCGCAGCUCUCUGUGUGAUUUGCGGCUUCAUGGACACGGUUUUCCGCAAGAAUACCCCUUUGAGCGCCACCAAGACACCGAUAUGGGGCGGAAUGAUCAUGGCAUGUCCUGCUGUUUUGGGUCUGUUUGCAUCUCAAAGGAAAAACUCUAUAUUGGUGAGUGUGAUGGUUGCCGCAGCCUGUCUCUCUUGUGUGGCCUCUGUGUUUGUAUUGGGCUAUGGUUGUCUCACGCUCACAUACGGAGAGGAAGAUAAGGAGGUCUUUCACCAUCAUGACAAUCCCAAAGUGACAUUUGUGCUUCAUCGGACCGUUAAGGCCGCCAACGCCACCAUAGUGCUGAGCUGCGUAAUCAGCAUGCUCCUGUCCGCUCUCAUUGCAUACGUGGGUUGCCGUAGUUUACCCUGGUGUGGCUGCUACGACACUCGGACUGGACUGGAGACCCUAGUUCCACAGUGUGACCAAGGGGAUGCUGAGAUGGUGUGUACAUGGCAAGCUGGAAGUGACGACAGGCUCUUCAACUCUCCAGUUCAGUCUAUGGAGUGUGGAAUCACAGAGACAGGGGACUCCUCCAAACUACCUCCUUACAGCAGACUGACCUAAAAGAAAGAUUCCUCAUGUUUCUUUAUCCGACUAGCAGAUGUAAUGCUACUUAUAGAUUGUGCUAAUUCAUUCAACUUUUUUCUGACCAAACAGAUGGCAAGCACUGUGCACUCCAGUAGCAUAAUUCUCUGUACAUACUCGUUAACAUAAUAUAUCCUGUACCUAAGUCUCAACUAUAUUUGAAUGUUAGUAACUGAGUAUUUCACUGUGUCCAUUACUAUUUUAAUUGUUUUUAAUUAGCAAA